CACACAGGCACUCCUCAGCUGCUGGCCCUGGUGCAGCACUGGGUGCCCGGGACACGGCUGGUGGAGGAGCUGCCACACGAACUGGUGCUGGUGCUGCCCUACACGGGUGCCCAUGAUGGCAGCUUCACCACACUCUUCCAAGAGCUAGACACGCGGCUGGCAGAGCUGAGCCUCACUGGCUAUGGGAUCUCCGACACCAGCCUCGAGGAGAUCUUCCUGAAGGUGGUGGAGGACUGUGCUGUGGACACAAAUACAGAGGAUGGCAGCUGUGGGCAGCACCCGUGUAUGGGCAUUGCUGGCCUAGAUAUGACCCUGCGGCUCAAGAUGCCACCGGAAGAGACAGCGCUGCAGAAUGGGGAGCCAGCUGGGUCAGCCCCAGAGACCCAGGCCCUGCAGGGCUCUGGGCCAGACACCGUGGGCCGGGUACAGGGCUGGGCACUGACCCGCCAGCAGCUCCAGGCCCUGCUUCUCAAGCGCUUUCUGCUUGCCCGCCGCAGCCGCCGCGGCCUGUUCGCACAGGUGUCUUUCUUCAGCGAGGACACCCCAGGGGACCCUGGACGUGCCCGGCUGCUUGAGGCACUGCUGCAGGAGGCAGGACUGGAGGGGCCCUCCAUGCAGAAUAGCUCCAACAGGUUCUCGGCGCCAGAAGUUCCUGCUGAAGUGGCCAAGGUCUUGGCCAGUGGAAACUGGACCCCAGAGUCUCCUUCCCCAGACUGCCAGUGUAGCCGGCCCGGCGCCCGGCGCCUGUUGCCUGACUGCCCGGCUGCAGCUGGUGGUCCCCCUCCGCCCCAGGCAGUGACCAGCUCUGGGGAAGUGAUUCAGAACCUGACGGGCCGGAACCUAUCUGACUUCCUGGUCAAGACCUACCCGCGCCUGGUGCGCCAGGGCCUGAAGACUAAGAAGUGGGUGAAUGAGGUCAGGUAUGGAGGAUUCUCCCUGGGGGGCCGAGACCCAAGCCUGCCCUCGGGCCAAGAGUUGGGCCACUCAGUGGAGGAGUUGUGGGCGCUCCUGAGCCCCCUGCCUGGCGGGGCCCUCGACCGUGUCCUGAAUAACCUCACAGCCUGGGCUCACAGCCUGGAUUCUCGGGACAGCCUCAAGAUCUGGUUCAACAACAAAGGCUGGCACUCCAUGGUGGCCUUUGUCAACCGAGCCAACAACGCACUCCUACGUGCUCACCUGCCCCCAGGCCUGGCCCACCGCACCCACAGCAUCACCACACUCAACCACCCCUUGAACCUCACCAAGGAGCAGCUGUCUGAGGCCGCACUGAUGGCCUCCUCGGUGGAUGUCCUCGUCUCCAUCUGUGUGGUCUUUGCCAUGUCCUUCGUCCCGGCCAGCUUCACUCUUGUCCUCAUUGAGGAGCGAGUCACCCGAGCCAAGCACCUGCAGCUCAUGGGGGGCCUGUCCCCCACCCUCUACUGGCUCGGCAACUUUCUCUGGGACAUGUGUAACUAUUUGGUGCCAGCGUGCAUCGUGGUGCUCAUCUUUCUGGCCUUCCAGCAGAGGGCAUAUGUGGCCCCUGCCAACCUGCCUGCUCUCCUGCUGUUGCUACUACUGUAUGGCUGGUCGAUCACACCGCUCAUGUACCCAGCCUCCUUCUUCUUCUCCGUGCCCAGCACGGCCUAUGUGGUACUCACCUGCAUAAACCUCUUUAUUGGCAUCAAUGGAAGUAUGGCCACCUUUGUGCUGGAGCUCUUCUCUGAUCAGAAGCUGCAGGAGGUGAGCCGGAUCUUGAAACAGGUCUUCCUUAUCUUCCCCCACUUCUGCUUGGGCCGGGGGCUCAUUGACAUGGUGCGGAACCAGGCCAUGGCUGAUGCCUUUGAGCGUUUGGGAGACAGGCAGUUCCAGUCACCCCUGCGCUGGGAGGUGGUCGGCAAGAACCUCUUGGCCAUGAUGAUACAGGGGCCCCUCUUCCUUCUCUUCACACUACUGCUGCAGCACCGAAGCCAACUCCUGCCACAACCCAAGGUGAGGUCCCUACCACCCCUGGGAUUGGAGGAUGAGGAUGUAGCCCGUGAACGGGAGCGGGUGGUCCGAGGAGCCACCCAGGGAGAUGUGUUGGUGCUGAGGAACUUGACCAAGGUAUACCAUGGGCAGAGGAUGCCAGCUGUUGACCGUUUGUGCCUGGGGAUCCCCCCUGGUGAGUGUUUUGGGCUGCUGGGCGUGAACGGAGCAGGGAAAACGUCCACGUUUCGCAUGGUGACUGGGGACACAUUGGCCAGCGGGGGCGAGGCUGUGCUGGCAGGCCACAGCGUGGCCCAGGAACCCAGUGCUGCACACCUCAGCAUGGGCUACUGCCCUCAAUCCGAUGCCAUCUUUGAUCUGCUGACGGGCCGUGAGCACCUGGAGCUGUUUGCACGCCUGCGCGGUGUCCCGGAGGCCCAGGUUGCCCAGACUGCUGGCUCGGGCCUAGCCCGCCUGGGACUCUCAUGGUACGCAGACAGGCCUGCAGGCACCUACAGCGGAGGGAACAAACGCAAGCUGGCGACUGCCGUGGCACUGGUUGGAGACCCAGCGGUGGUGUUUCUGGACGAGCCGACCACAGGCAUGGACCCCAGCGCGCGGCGCUUCCUCUGGAACAGCCUUUUGGCCGUGGUGCGGGAGGGCCGUUCAGUGAUGCUCACAUCCCACAGCAUGGAGGAGUGUGAAGCGCUCUGCUCGCGCCUGGCCAUCAUGGUGAACGGGCGGUUCUGCUGCCUGGGCAGCCCGCAACAUCUCAAAAGCAGAUUCGCGGCCGGCCACACACUGACCCUGCGGGUUCCCGCCGAGAGGUCCCAGUCGGCAGCGGCCUUCGUGGCGGCCGAGUUCCCUGGGGCGGAGCUGCGCGAGGCACACGGGUGCCGCCUGCGAUUCCAGCUGCCGUCGGGAGGGCGCUGCGCCCUGGCGCGCGUCUUUGGAGUGCUGGCGGUGCACGGCGCAGAGCACGGCGUGGAGGACUUUUCUGUGAGCCAGACGAUGCUGGAGGAGGUAUUCUUGUACUUCUCCGAGGACCAGGGGAAGGACGAGGACGCGGAGGAGCACAAGGAGGCAGGAGUGGGAGUGGACCCAGCGCCAGGCCUGCAGCGUCCCAAACGCAUCAGCCAGUUUCUCGAUGACCCUAGCACUGCGGAGACUGUGCUCUGAGCCUCCCUCCCCUGCAGGGCCGCGGGGAGGCCCUGGGAAUGGCAAGGUCGGGGUAGAGUGCCCAGGCGCCCUGGACUUAGGCUGGCAGAGGGGCUGGUGCCCUGGAGAAAAUAAAGAGAAGGCUGGAGAGAAGCGGUGGUGGUGAAA